UUGUCAGAAGUGCUUCACACGUAGCUACUCCACGUCAAGUUCACUUUUUCACACGAUGCAUAUUUAAGUUGAAAAGAGGCUUUUUCAGUGAACUUAUUUUAUCAAAUCGUUGUCGAAGUGAACUACUGUUGUAUAACGCUUUUGCAGAAAUGAUGAGGAAAAUUUUUGCAAUAGUCAUUGCCGGCGUGAUUUUCCUAGUCGCCAGCAACUUCUUCCUUGUACACAACACCACUGUUUUGUUCCUGCCAAAAGCGGAAGCCGUACAGGGUCAUCAUCUUUAUCCCUGCCCCAAGAUUCCGAUAGUGACCAUCGAGGACGGCGGUCGGCUCGGAAACAAAAUCUGGGAAUACGCGGCCGUGUGGAGCGUCGCCAGAUUGAUGGGCCGCCCUGGCUUUGUCCCUCGCUCCCUUAAGACCACCCUGAGCCGCACCUUUGGCAAUCUGAGUCUGCCCACCCUGGAGGAGAUUGGGCACUGCGACCUGCAACUCAACUACAACAAGUCGAUCAGCGCCCUCAGCAUCUUGCCGCUGACCGAAACCAGGUCUCGCUUUCAGGGUCGCAACAUGCUACUGCACAGGUACGAAAUGUUCCUGGAGCCGGCCCUGAUGUACCGAGACCUGCUGAAACUGGAAUUCAGUUUCAAGCCGGAGAUUGUGCGUCAGGUCAAAGAGACCUUUGCGAAAUUUGGCGAGGGAAAAACCCUUGUCGGGGUUCACGUCCGUAGAACUGAUUUCAAGGAAUUCCUGCCCGUUUAUUUGAAGACCACCCUGGUUAACGACGAUUUCUACAAAAAUGCGAUGCAGUGGUACCGCGAAAAUGUAAAAGGCCCGAUAUUAUUUCUGGUCGUCAGUGAUGAUAUCAGUUGGUGCGAAACGAACCUUCGUUUUGAGGAUGUCAGGGUGGUGACCAACAGUAGCCCUGCGCACGAUUUGGCCCUUCUCUGCAUGAGCGACCAUACCAUCGUCGACUACGGCACAUUCGGGUUUUGGGGCGCGUUUAUGUCCGAGGGACACACCGUUUCGCUGGGCGUCUACAAAUCUUUCACAAAAACUAUGGCCCAAGAAGCGAAUUGGACCUUAUUUUAACUCCACAGUCAAAUAAGCGACAAAAACAGUAGUUUUUAUUACCAAAGAUGAAAGGAGCAAUUGAUUUAAUAAAAGUAUAUAAUAUCAACACCACUAAAUUUAUUAAAGAUUUAAACUUCUUAAUUAAUUUUCCUUUUUAAAUGGGUGAGAAAUCUACGAGCAUCAAAAAUUGU